AUGACAGCUAGUCGUGGCGUUCUGGGUUCCGCAACCUUCCUUGUCGCCGUGAGCGGCUUGCUUGACCCGCCGCUGGUUCCGCCAAACGGACUCUCGCCCUUACGCCCGAGUGCCCCCAAUCCGCCACCGAGCUUGUUUCAGAGCGACACGCAUCGGGGGUAUUAUUGUGCGGGACCAUUGGCGUCGACGGCGCGCAGGCGCAAGAGAUGUCUCCAAGCGGGAAACGAAAGCCCGGGGACAGGUGGCGAAGGUGUGAACGCAGCGGCGGGGGGGCGCAGGCACGGGAGCGGCCACAGCAUGUUCGAUGCCGACGCGUGGAAAAACAUGCCUUCUUCUCCUCCACCAGUAACGGCGCCGCCGACCAGCCUAAACCCCUCCGCUGUACAGCUGAGCUCUAACGACGCCUUAGAUGGUGAAGGAGAGGAAGAGCGGGAAGAACCCACCAACGUGGACGUGGAGAAGCUGCCGACCUUCGUGUUUUUCGUUCGGGACAAAGGGCGGCAUAGGCGGGAGGAAGUUAUCGGUGGGCGCGACGCCCGAACCUGCGCGACUGAGCUAAGCGAAAGGUUAGCAUCUAUAUCGUCGCCGGGAAGCACCUGGACAAACUCGGGUUCUCUUGACGACAACGACUCGCCUCUACGGCCAUCUGGAGCGGGAGAAGGAGGCGUAGGUGGCGGUGCUGCUAGAACUAGCAGCGAUGGUGCCGCUGUGGUUGGGGGGGCUGCAGAAGGUCCAGAUCGUCUUGACUAUGAGACCGACACGGGCAUGGGACGCGGUAGCGGUGACAUGGUCGCAAAUGUUGAUGGUACAGGCAACCCCACCAACAUCGUGGAGAUUUCCGACAAGCGCGACUUGCUUCGCGUUCUUGGCGCGCUGGGGGAAGGGCAGGGCCCUGUGGUGGUCAUGUACCACGCCCCUUGGUGCCGCAAGUGCGCCUACCUCACCCCCGUGUUCCGCCGCCUCGCUGCCGCUCAGGCCCCCUCUGCUGGCGUUAGGGAAGGCGGCGGUAGUAGCAUCGAGAGGGGUUCAUCAGAAGGGCCGUUGUUCUGUCGUGUGGAUGUUUCCCACCCGUCGUGGGGGAGAAGACGUGCCGUGCGUGGUGCUAGCGUAGCUCCAUCUACGGUCGCUUCCGCAGGCACAGCAGCAGCAGCGGCUGCAGCCACAGCGGUAGCAGCCCGAGCACCAAACACGGCAGCCAUCGCGGCUGGGGCAUCGUCGCAAGCUCAAGGACUUGGAUUCGGCGACCGUGCCGCCGGAUGGGUGGCAGCUGAUGCCACUACCGCCACCGCGGAAGCGGAGGGUACAAUUGCCGAGACGGAGCUGCUACACGCCGGUUCGCAGGCCGUGGAGAACUGCGACGUCUGCGGCGGGUCCGGCUUCGUGCCGUGCGAGGAGUGCGGGGGGCGGGGUGCGGUGUCCCGAGCGAGCCCUGACGGGAAGCACACGAUGGCGGUCACGUGCCCCUCGUGCGUCGGCUACAAGCGGUUGCGCUGCCCGUCGUGCGGCGGGAAGUGUUACAUGUGUGACUAAAAGUCGCAGACUCAACAGCAAUGCAAGCGACCAGGGCAAGAGAGGAGACGUUAAACAUAUGCCUGUGUCGUUAGAAGUCUCCCAAGUGGGUAUCGCCCCCGCAAUCGCUGCUGUGUUUGUGGAAGGUGCGGAGCCGCUGAUUUUUUGUAUGCAGGCGCGCUUUCAGAUAGCGGACUUCCUAGAAAUAGAGUAGAUCUCGUGACCGUUGAAAUAUGGUGCCGGUGUGCCU